AUGGAGCCACUUGGCAUAGGGCCACCGCUGGAGUGGGGGCCUUCGCCUUCUCUAGAAGACCCCGUCACGGUCGCCGGCUACCCGCUUGGCGGUGACAACUCCUCCGUCACCCAGGGCGUGGUGUCUCGUACGGACUUACAGCAGUAUUCAAUGGGUGCUUGUUGGCUGCUGGCUAUUCAAAUCGACGCAGCAAUCAACCCGGGAAACAGCGGAGGCCCGGCGCUGAACAAGGAGAAGAAAUGUGUGGGUAUUGCAUUUCAAAGCCUCAAGGAUGGCGACACCGAAAACAUCGGCUACAUCAUCCCUUCCGAAGUAGUCGUCCAUUUUUUAGAAGACUUUCGGCGGCACAAGAAGUACACCGGCUUCGGCGACUGCGGUUUUACGUGGCAGAAACUCGAAAACCGAUAUAUGAGGAGUGCCCUUCAGCUCAAAACCAAACAGCAGGGCGUGCUCGUCAAAAAGGUGGACGGGGCAUCUUUCGCGCGGGAUGUGCUGCAGCGUGGAGAUAUAAUUCUGACGGUGAACGGUAGCAAAGUUGCCUCAGAUGGCAGCGUGGCUUUCCGAAACGGAGAAAGAAUUCUGUUCUCAUGGCUGUUUGCUCAACUGUUUGUUGGAGACCGCUGCUGCCUCACCAUCUUGAGGCGAGGCAGGCAACUGCAAGUCUCCUACCAAGUCGGCAAAGUCAAUCUCUUGGUGCCAGCAACGAACGACUUGCCGCGCCCGGAGUACUUGAUUGUGGGGGGGUUGGUUUUUGUUCCUCUUAGCGAGCCGUUUCUUAAAAGUGAAUAUGGUGAUGAAUUUGAAAGCAGAGCCCCUGUGCGCUUGCUUGAUCAGUGGCAACACGGGAUGCAGCAGUUCCCAGGCCAGCAGUGCGUCGUCUUGACGCAUGUGCUAGCUCACGAGAUAACAGCCAAUUCAAGGAUGUUUCCAUUUGCUUGUUCCACUGCAUAA